GCACUCCUAUAUCCGAACCUCCCUUGCUAGAUAUUUAAAAUUGACCGCUCGUUGAACAUCUACCUAUCGAUUCCUCCAUCGCUUUGCGAACAUGAUUCACCACUCAGCAUUGGAGGAUGAAACCCAUUUGUCCUAUCCUCGACGUCCGUCGGAACCCCUCGCAUCGGACAUACCCUCGGCCCCGCCCCCUAACAGACCGUCCUCUCGUUCAUCACGGCCUGGCUCUCGGACUCGACUGGUGAAGCCAUCAGGCGCAGUUACACCCACUGGCCUGGGGGUGCUCACAGAGAAUGUGGCAAACUUUCCUCCGGAGGGCCUUGGUCCCACCAGUCCUAUCAAAGAGGGGCUGGGUAGUUUAAAUCGGUGGUCUCAGUCCACGGCAUCCAGCAAGAGCCCGUCAGAAUAUACUGGUCAUGGACGAGGGAGCUCAAAGGCGUCUAUCUCGGGCUACAUCCGUGGGCGGGGGAGCCACAGCCCCCAGCGCCCCCCCGAGAUGAAUGGCCUUCCAAUGCUCAACCUCCCAGCGCUUGAGAAGUCUCCCAUAUUCAAUGCCGACUCAACAUCACCACAACUCGACCUUACAUUCACAGCCUCGAGCAAUCUUUUCCAGCCGUCCACAAGUGCUCCGAGGGCAGAUGUUCAAACAACCCAUUCCCAUCAAGUCCCACAAGAUCACGUUGCGCGAACCAGUGGGGGCUCCAUCUCCUUCAAUGAUUUAGAGGGGGAUCCAGAGACCCGGCAGCACGGUCAGACCCAAAAGGCGAUGCUUUCAAAGGCACUCCAGAAAGCAAACACGGCGGUUCUGCUUGACAAUGCUGCCAAUUUUGAAGGUGCUAUGGAUGCUUACUCUGAUGCUUGCAAUCUAUUGCAGCUUGUCAUGCUCCGUAGCAAUGGAGGCGACGAAGAAAAGCUGAAACUACAAGAAAUCCGUGAUACUUAUAUGAUACGAGUAACGGAACUUCAGCGUAUGGACUUCCCUCUCCCUGAGAGCGAUGAUAAGGCUCUCCCUGAGCGUCCUCUCAGCCAAGAGUCAUACGGAGAGUUGCUUCAUUCGGUAAACGAUGAUUCUCAAACCGAGAGCCAGCAGAGCUCCGCUCAUUCUAGCUUUGGGUUCCACCAGAUACCACUGGAAGAGACGAAAGAAUUUUCCUUGGAAGCACUUCCUCCUCGGCGGCAAUCCUUAAAACCUUCCGCGAUGGAAGAUCAUCCCCGAUCUCUUACAGUGCCAAUGAAUAACCAAGAAACCAACGAAUCUACUUCGUGGCUGGACACGAUUGACGAAUCAGGUGCCUCGUCACCAUCAUCGGCGAAUUCAAAAGCGUCAUCAGUCUAUCUUCGUCGUCGGACGAGCCGCCGCCUCAGCAAUGACACUGAAGCUGAGUUUGAUGCUGCUCUCGAUGCAGCCGUCGAAGCUGCGUAUGAUGAAGGUCUGGAGCCAGUGAUAGAAUAUAAUGAAGAUGAGAAUGAUGAAAAUGAUGUGGUUGCGAAUGCACACCGGAACAUUGAGUUGGCGAAGCAAAGGGUGCGAGAGGCAGAAAGAGAGGCAGAGGCAAUGAAUCGUGACCGCGAAAUGCGCCGAAUCCAGGACCAGACACCGGAUUCCAUUGCCCGUACUUCAGAAUAUCUGGACGACGAAGCAGAGGAAGAAGAGCGCCUGCUGGAGGAAAUGACCAAGGGUUAUGUGAUGGAUGACUUUGAAUUCGGGAUCUCAUCCAAGUCGGCUCUUCCGCGGGAAUCGGGUUCUAGCAACGUGUCUGGAAGGACAUGGGAAAGCUCCGCAACAUCCAACGUCGCCAGCACAGGUGCGGCACUGUCGACUCUUGCGGAAGAUGACAUUCUACCAUUAGACGACCAUAUCGUUCCUCCACACGUCUUUCCCUCUUCGCCUCCAUCUUCUGCCUUGCCACCUCUUCCAGUAUCGUCUGAUUUCCCUGCCCCCAAGCGGACAUCAAUGUCAAACCGUGCUGGUUCUAUCAGCUCUGUUACCGGUCCGGGGGUUCGAGCCCGGAGGCUAUCCAGCCUGAACACCCGCGACCUCAAAAUUGAAACAAAUGCCCGCUCUCGAGCCGAUUCCAAUACAUCUGGCCUAGAAAGCUUUGCAACCCCCAUGACCAGCCGCCCACCCGCGCCAUUGCCCAAAGACGAGCCUUCUGCAGAUCCUCCUCGGGCUUCUACUCCAAGCUCCCGUUCCAAUUUACAUCCCACGCAGCGUAACCCGUCGGUGGGUUCGUUUAUGGAAAAUAUCAAUCUCGCCAAAGCUCGCACUCAUGAGGAUGAUGAGGCUGAACUUCCACCUUUGCCGCCAUCCGCGCGACCUAUGGGCAAAGUACCUUCGGCUCCAGAUGGAUUGGAUAAAGCACAAUCCAAUACAAGAGCCUUCCGGGGCCGAAACGCCUCAGUCCCGAUCCAGAUUCCUGAUACCGCACCAGAAUCUCCAAGUACUCCAUGGAGCGGUGCAUUCCCUGCCCUGGAUACCCAGAAGGCUGCAAUGGCAGGCAGCGUUCCCGUUAUGCCUACCCCAACCCUUGCCAACUUCAACUUCAACCAGAAUGGUUUGCCAACUAGCGGGAUGAACCUAUUUGACAGCAAUAUUCACUCUCCUACUGCUCUUGGCCGUCCAAACUCACUGGUUUCUAACGCACCGCUUCCUCUGGAACCCUGCCCAGAGUCCUUCCUCCUCCGCCCAUUUUGGCUGAUGAGGUGUCUCUACCAAACGCUCGCACAUCCCCACGGUGGCUACUUAUCAGAGAAGCUCUUCAUCCCGCGAGAUGUCUGGCGCGUGAAAAAUGUUAAACUCAAAGCCCUCGAAGAGAAAGUGUCCAACUGUGACCUUCUGACUGCUGCUCUGCUCAAAUUGGCCCAGGUCGAUACAUAUGACGCAGACGCAGUUUUAGAAGAGAUGCAGUCGUUUGAAAGUGUUCUCGACCAAGUUCAGGGCUUUUUGUCCAAAAAGCUUGGUAACGAGGUUGGUGUACAGGCCUCCAUGCCACUAUUUAAGCCAGCUUCGACGCCCGAUGAGCCUGCUCACGUUGAAAGUGCGCCUAACAAAUCAUACCUGACAUGGAAAAGAAUUCGGGCAAAGACCUCUGGGUUGGGGACAACCACUCCAACACCUAGUGCACGCGAAAGUAAUAAAGACAAUCUAACCCUCAACUCUGUCCCUAUGACAUCAGUGCAGGGAACACACGCAAAACGCAAUGUCACCCAGCUUGAGUUCUCUGGGCCCAACGCAAACUAUAUGGGGGCAUUGGCGCGGCUUUUCGAUGCUGCCCAAGUGCUUGAGCAAAUUGCCCAGCAGGUUGAGGAUCCUGGCCUCAAACACUCGUCUCCUACCCAUGUUGGCCUGGAGCUCAGCACACGACAUGCUGCCGAGUUCUUUGGCUUUUACAUUUGCCGUUUCGCACUGGCUGAUGUGAGCUUGAUGCUUGAUAAGUUCAUUAAGCGUGGUAGCGAAUGGGUGUUGGUCUAGGAAGUAUAUGAAGCCAUACGAUAAUCACCCUUUGGCGAUUCAAUGCCUGGAGUUUACUGCGUUUUCUUGUUACAUGCCCAUAUUUCUGAUGUCCAUAUUGAUCUCCUCAUGUCUUUGAGAUACCAUGAUGUUUACCCGUGAAAUAUUUGAUGAUUUAAGAACAUAAUUGUCAUGAAAGGGGAUUGUAUGUAUUGCUGUUUGGUUUCUUCUCUUACUCAUAUAGACCGUUUCCCUCACUCUGCUAUCAUCGCUGAUUUGGUUCGCCUGUUUUGGUUCAGUCUAUCAGAAUUCCGAUUGUUUUGACAUAGUGAAAUGAAUAGAAGCA